ACUGAGGAGAAGCCCACCGCAUGUCUGACCCGGGGGUCCGCCUGCUGCCCCCACCAAUCUGCCCCUCUGACGGAGGGAUGCUGGCCUGACUGCGGAGGAGGAUGCGAACAGCGGCCGCGCUCCUUUGUCGCUCAUCGCCUGUUUGCGGGAGGCAGCGGCGGCUCGGCCGCGGAGCGACGUGAGCAGCGAGACCGCGGAAAAUCCUCACGUCGUGAUCCCGACGAAUAAUUAUGAACAACGCGCAGGAUAUGUCGCCCGACUUCGUGUUGAUGCGCCUGGUUUCCGCGGCCGAGGAUGACCGGCUGGACGCGGAGAACGGGAACGUUCCGCCGGGAGGAGUGGUGGCCGGGCUGGGCAAGGAGGCGCUGGCUCACAGCGGCGUCAAGGCGGCUCUGGACAUCGGCCGAGACCCGACGGCGGGCCUCGAGCAUCCCGGCGGCCACCUGAACAAAGCCCCGCCGAGCGGCGAGGGCACGGCUGCACCUGCCGCCGGAGCGCCGCUGCGCGCGCCGCCGCCGCCGCAGAGCUCCAUGGAGGCCCCGGGCUGCCCCGGCCUGCGGCCUCAGCUGCUCGUCUUCUCCAACAUAAUGCGGAACGGGGACGGGAUUUUGGAGCUCGAGCGGCGGAACCAGCCGGCGGACGCUCUGGAGCGCAGCCCGGGCUCGGAGCGCCCGGGCCCGCCGCUCAACAACAACAGUCCGAGUCCCGGAGCUCCGCGGCGGCGGCGGCAGCAGCAGCAGCAGCGGGACAGCCCGCUGGACCGGGCAUGGGGAGCGCACGCGCCCGGCUCCGUGUCCGCGGACAUGCAGGGCGCCGCGGAGCUCUGCCGCCGGCACCGACUCCUCGGCACCCCGCCCGAGUGGCCCGUGCUGGCGGACCGGGGGCCCCCCCUCGCCGUGCUCGACCCCAAGUGGGGGUGCGGCGGCAGGGACCGGGACGGGGCCGUAUUCGAGCUGGCCCGGAGGUUCGGGGAGCUGGGGGUCGGCGCGGUGCCCAAGAUGCUGCUCCAAGCGGGGGAGCUCCCGCAGUGCUCGUGCCGGGGCGCGCACGGGCCGGGCGCAGGCGGGGUCGAGCCCGGGGAUGACCCCACCGAGACCAGCGACGCCCUGCUGGUCCUGGAGGGGCUGGGCAGCGGGGACGUGGACGGCCUGGCCAUGCACGAGGCUCCGGAGGACGAGGCGGACGACGAGCACGGACGUCGCGAGCUCCUGCUCAGCAGGAAGCGGGAGAUCGUGCAGAAGAUGUCGGGGGCUUUCUCCGUCAGCGGCUUCCAGGUGGAGCUCAGGACGCAGGUGGAGGAGAUGGCCCCGGCGGCCGCGGCGCACCUGGGCGCGCAGGUGUGCAGCCUCCACGGGAGCGCGCCCGUAAACACGGAGGUCUCCGCCGCCGACGCGUCGGCCACGCCGGUCCAGAACUCGCCCUGGGCCGCGAGUCCGAACCCGAGCCAGGCGUCCACGCCGCGGCGGCGGCCGGAGCGGUGCGCCAGCGCGCCGCGGACUCCCACGGGGCGCGGGAGCGCGGACAAGGCGCUCAAAGUUCCGGGGAAGUCCAAAAAGGGCUCGUUAAAGAUCCGGCUGAGCAAACUGUUCCGGACUAAAAGCUGCAGCGGCUCCGGCCACCUCCUGGACAAGAGACCGUCCGUCACCUACUCCGUGUCUUCUGCCGGGAGCCUGCUGGACAUGGCGAGCACGGCGGGACCCGAGCAGGACGCAGACAGCCACAGCCAGCCCCGACUGACCCGGGCCCACAGUGCCUUCUCCCCCGCCUCGCUCUCCGCCUCACUCUCCGCCUUCACCGGUGAGACCGUCUCUCUGGUGGAUGUGGACAUCUCCAGGCGAGGGGCCAACACGCCACACCCUCCCACGCCGCCGCCUCCUCCACGCCGAAGUCUCAGCCUGUUAGACGACAUAGCCGGGCCUCAGCCUGGGCCUUUCCUAGUGAGCGUCAUGGGCGCCUCCCUGCAGUCCCUCCCCCUGCCUCUCCCUCCUCCUCCUCCUCCUUCCCACGCCACCAUCCAGCACAGUCUCAGCCUCAAUGACGCCUUCCUCCGGGCCCUUCCUCAUGCCAGCCCAUUGCAGGUGGAUGCUCAGGCCCCCAGCAGACAGGCUCCGCCCCCUGUGCUGUGUGCGCUGCGGCGGUCAGAGGCCAGCAACUUCACGGCCAGUCUGAGAGAGCUGGAGAAGUGCGGCUGGUACUGGGGUCCCAUGAACUGGGAGGACGCCGAGAUGAAGCUGAAGGGGAAGCCGGACGGGUCCUUCCUGGUGCGGGACAGCUCGGACCCGCGCUACAUCCUGAGCCUCAGCUUCAGGUCGCAGGGGGUCACGCACCACACCCGCAUGGAGCACUACCGAGGGACCUUCAGCCUGUGGUGCCACCCCAAGUUCGAGGACCGCUGCCACUCGGUGGUGGAGUUCAUCGAGAGAGCCAUCAUGCACUCCAAGAACGGCAAAUUCCUCUACUUCCUGCGCUCCAGAGUCCCAGGGCUUCCUCCCACGCCGGUCCAGCUGCUGUAUCCCGUUUCUCGCUUCAGUAACGUCAAGUCGCUGCAGCAUCUCUGUCGCUUCUGCAUCCGGCAGAUCGUCCGAAUCGACCACAUCCAAGAGCUUCCACUGCCCAGACCGCUGAUCUCCUACCUGAGUAAGUUUUAUUACUACGACCCGGAGGAAGAGACGUACCUGUCCAUCAGGAGCAUCCGGAGGGUGGUGGGGGCGGAGCAGGAGGCGGAGUCACAGACGUAGCAGCGGACGUCCCCUCGUCUCAUGUUUGUCUUGA